ACGACAGUGACAGCAAUGCGGCAAAGUCUAUCAAAAGAAGUUUGAGCAUCCUUGCAUGCUUAGCCUUGAGAUACCUGUUGUCUGGUACCUCCUGCAGGGCAGCUGUCUCUCGGACUUCGGUACGACGCCUCAUCGACACAUCACCACCACGCGUCCAAUGACAACCUGCGCCUCGGUCCUCACUGGGGCUUCCGCAUCGUGCCAAAGUUCUCAUGCUGCUCAUCAGUAGCCUGUACUCGCUGCUGGCGGGCUAUGGAGUCCCGCUGCAGGCAGCCUUGAACGACCCUGCUGCCAAUGCCCAAUCGCUCCAGUACCGGUUCUCGGAAGACUGGUCUGUCUUGGGCCCAUUUCAGAUUGGCACGCGAGAAGCCGUGUGGGGAGCUGAUCCACUCGAGCACCAUGGCGGAUUUCGGUCGCUACAGUAUGACGAGAAUGCCACAUUCCCAAGCUCACUGGCAGCGAAUGGCACUGUAGGCUGGAAAGCCAUUUCCGGUAACCUCACACAGCCAGACAAUGCACACGCUGGCGUCGUGCUCCUGGUAGACUUCAACAGUGUUGAUUGGGAGAGCCUACGCAACGUGUAUGGCUGGACUGCGUACCAAUGGCAGGCCUGGCUCCGAGGCGAAAUUGUUGUGCAGCCUGGAGCAGUCAAGCUACUGACACUGCACACGCCCCAGAUCCUUGAGUUUGUGCUCGACGACAUUCGCUAUGUUGGUGGCGACUUCUAUAGCUAUGGCAGAGCUCUCCCGACACUACGACUUGAGCCAGGUCGUCACCGCCUUGACAUUCGACUAGUGCGCGAUGUCAGGUCGAUGGGCGGCGUCGAAAGGCAUUCUCUACAGGUCGCCCUCACUCUCGCAGGAACGUGGGCAGGCCUGCAUCCAAGGCUAGAACCACAAAACGGAGUCCUCAUAUCAGACGUGCUCGACUUCACUGAAGGCUCCCACUUGGCCAGCCCCUGGGCAUCGGUCGUGCUUCGCAAUGACGACGAGGUGGACAUCUGUGUCUAUGCAGUAGAAGCCACACACAACGCCUGCUUAGCAGAGAUUCUCUCUGAAACUGAAAUUCGCCUUGUACCUGGACAGUCCCGACCAAUAGCUUUCCGUGUCGAUUGCGUUAGAACGGACUGGCAGAUCAGACUGGACUUCAAGAUUAGACGUGGCGGGCUGUAUGGCAUGUCGUUGACAGUUCUUGCAGAUGUCGUGCAUCGACGUGUAGGAGAACCACACAAGGUAACCUUUCUUCAUCCAUCUGGAAUCGUGUCAUAUGCAAUUCUUCGACCGCCAUCCGCCAAAGCUAUAGAACCCGUGCAGAAGAACGACUCGCUGCCUGUGCUAUUGGGCCUGCACGGUGCAGGUGUGGAAGCUGAAUGGGACUCAGUUCGCCUCGCUUUGGAGCCUUUGCCAGAUCUUGCGGCCUGGGUGCUGCUACCUACUGGCGGCACGCCAUGGAGCGGCGAUGACUGGCAUGCUUGGGGAUUUCCAGAUGUUCAGGCUGCGCUAAAAAUGAUCAUCAAUUGGAUCCAGCACAAUGAAUGGGAGGGGCCCGGCGUAGACGUCGAGAAGUGGCUGGUGGCAGGGCAUAGCAAUGGCGGGCAAGGCACCUGGUACACACUUCUCCAUCAUCCAGACAACAUCAUCGCGGCCGCUCCACUGAGCGGAUACUCAUCGAUACAGAACUAUGUGCCCUACACGUUCUGGCAGAUUGCAGAUCCCAGCAGGACAGCCAUUGUGCAAGCCUCGUUGAAUAGCUACAGACACGAACUGCUCCUUUCGAAUGCAAAGGGUAUACCAGUUCUCCAACAACACGGAGGUGCAGACGACAACGUCCCAGCGUAUCAUUCAAGAUCCAUGCAUCAGUACAUUCAGGAAACGGGGGCAAAUUCUACUUACAUAGAGUGGCCGGGCUAUCCACACUUUUGGGAAGGUGUAUUCACUACGGAUCCAUUACGAGCAUUCUACCAGGAGCAGCUCAAGUCAUACAAGCCUGAAACCACUCGCAGCGGACUGUGCAACUUUACGCUCACGGUAGCUUCACCAGCCGACACUGGUCCAAAGUUUGGUGUGAAGGCAUUGCAGCUUACUACUCCUGGGCAGCUGGGCCAUAUUGAAAUGCUGUACAACGCCGCCACGGGAAGCUGCACUCUGCGAACGACCAACAUCAGGAUGCUCCAGCUACCAUCGCACUUUAGCGACUGCUUUGGCUUUAUUCUGGACAGUCAGCGUCUAGACUUGCCACCACUCGGGAAUGACACCAAUUGGACAGUGUUGAGACGCAAGGGCGAAUGGGGCAUGGAACAAGCAUCGUCUGACAAUCUAGCGUCCACUGCGCUCUCACGACUUGGCCGACAGCUCGGUCAAAUGGACUCGAUUCUUCGCACGCAAGGCGCCUUCCAAAUAGUCGAGCAUUCGUCGGAAGCGAGACAUAUCGCACUCCAGAUCUCACGAAAUCUGUGUCAAUACUUCGCGGCCGACACUGCCAUCACGCCCGACUAUGAUGCGGCGGUUCAAGCGACAGGAAACAUCAUCAGUGUAGUUAUUGGCGACGAUCUUCCACUUGGGUACUCUGCAGACUAUGCCAUUAGAAUACAGAAUGGGCGUAUCUCGAUACGAAAUUCUUUUGACUUGCCUGCAGAGUACACAGAUGAUACUGGUUUCGGAUUAGCUGCCACAUUCCUCCGGCCGAUGCCGAAUGAGCGCUUAGAACUGGUCGUUUGGGGUAUCGAUGAAGCCAGUUUGGAGGUUGCCGCGAGGUUGGUGCCGAUGGUACCGGGAACUGCACAGCCAGAUUGGCUGGUGACAGAUCGAAGAAUGUUGGCCAAGGGACUUGAAGGCGUGCAUGCGAUGGGUUUCCUCGACAGCGAAUGGGAAGUGUCUCGCAAUUCAUUCUUGUCAUAAAUCAAGGUGUCAGUGGCGCGAUGACAGCACUAGGGGCGUCUAGCAUCGAUGGGGAGAAAAAGGAGCACGCAGUUUCCAAACAUGAUUUCAUAUUCAUGCCCUCUCAUUAAUGAAGACGUAGAAAGGUCCUGUAGCUCACAAUUGCUAUCGGGGGUAUAUCGUCAUUCAGCUCAAGAUGCAAAGAUCGAGCUCACAAACCAAAACAUGUAGCCUCCGCCGUGUUCGUCCGUUCAAUCGCAAUGCCGUAUUCUGCCGAUCUGCGUCGGACUUCGCUUUCUAGCCAUUUCCCUAAACGCCAUUACUUCGCUAUUCAAACGUAGCUCAUCCU